UGGGUGGGCGCGCCGUCUAUCCCUCCUCCUGCCACGCCCCUUUCUAUCCUUACAUUUACUGUGUAGCAAAAGAGAAAGUAACUAUGUUGCAGCAAGAGAUCAAUGAAGCUCAGUGAAUGGGGGCUUAAUGCGUAAAUCGAUAGCCUCAGAAGAGCGCCAGAUGCUGGAGGGAAAUAUUCAUUUAUGAAAGAGAGCUUGAGUUCCUUUUGACUUGCCAUUCUCAGCCUCCUCAUGCCUCCAUCUCCACUAGACGACAGGGUAGUAGUGGCACUUUCAAGGCCCGUAAGACCUCAGGAUCUCAAUCUUUGCUUAGACUCCAACUACCUUGAAUCUGCUGCUUCUGCCAGCGAGAGCCACACCAGUCUCCUCAGCACAGCUGUUGUGUCCCUCAAGGCUGCUAAUCUCACGUAUAUGCCCUCAUCCAACGGCUCUGCCCGCUCCUUGAGUUGUGGAUGCAGCAGUGCCAGUUGCUGCACUGUGGCAACUUACGACAAGGACAAUCAGGCCCAAACUCAAGCAAGCACCAGCAGCACCUCUGCCAACGUAGGAACCUCGACCACUUGCCCUGCUACCCAAAUGGUCAACAACAAUGAGAACUCUGGCCCUCUGAGUCCCUCAAGUGGUGUGGGGAGCCCCGUCUCGGGCCCGACGAAGCAAUUGGCUAGCAUCAAAAUCAUCUAUCCCAAUGACUUGGCCAAAAAGAUGACCAAAUGCACCAAGAGCCACCAAGGGCCCGUCAUCAUUGACUGUCGGCCUUUCAUGGAGUACAACAAAAGCCACAUCCAAGGGGCUGUCCACAUUAAUUGCUCUGAUAAGAUUAGCAGGAGAAGGCUUCAGCAGGGCAAGAUCACUGUCUUGGACUUGAUCUCUUGCCGGGAAGGCAAGGACUCCUUCAAGAGGAUCUUUUCCAAAGAAAUUGUUGUUUAUGAUGAGAAUACCAAUGAGCCAAGCAGAGUAAUACCUUCCCAGCCAUUGCACGUAGUGCUGGAGUCUCUCAAGCGAGAAGGCAAGGAACCAUUGGUUCUCAAAGGUGGACUCAGCAGUUUUAAACAGAACCACGAAAACCUCUGUGACAACUCCCUCCAACUCCAAGAGUGCCCUGAAGGAGGAGGAGGUGGCGGCGCCACUGCAGUGACCUCUACACUACCUCAGUCCAUCCCGACUACUCCAGACAUCGAGAAUGCAGAGCUCACCCCCAUCUUGCCCUUCUUGUUCCUUGGAAAUGAGCACGAUGCUCAAGACUUGGAGAAGAUGCAGAGGCUGAACAUCGGCUAUGUAAUCAACGUGACCACCCACCUCCCACUCUACCAUUAUGAGAAAGGCUUGUUCAACUACAAGCGGCUCCCAGCCACAGACAGCAACAAGCAGAAUCUCAGGCAGUACUUUGAGGAGGCUUUUGAAUUCAUUGAGGAAGCUCACCAGUGUGGGAAAGGUCUCCUUAUCCACUGCCAGGCUGGUGUGUCCCGCUCUGCCACAAUAGUAAUUGCUUACCUAAUGAAGCACACACGCAUGACCAUGACUGAUGCCUAUAAAUUUGUCAAAGGCAAGCGACCAAUCAUUUCUCCUAACCUUAAUUUUAUGGGGCAAUUAUUGGAGUUUGAAGAAGAUCUAAACAAUGGAGUCACACCGCGAAUUCUUACACCAAAGCUGAUUGGGGUAGAGACGGUUGUGUGAUGGAAACAACGCACAUGAUGAAGAGACUAUCGUAUUCCUCACUCGACAUAGAUUUGGGAAGCUUGGGGAUUUUCUUUUUAGCUUUAUUGGGAGGGAGGGCGGUUAUAAGACAAACUCUGGACAAAAACCUUCUUGAAGGAAAGAUUUCGAAAAUACUUCACAUGUUCAGUGGAAUGCCAUUGCAAGCCCCUUCUCCAAAACUGGAUGAAGGACAGAUGCAUAAAAAGAAGCGAGUUUUAAAAAACGAAGUGCGGGUGUGAGAGAACUGGAUGCUAUAUAUAUAUAUGUAUAUGUAUAUGUACAUAUGUAUAUGUAUAUAUAUGUAUAUAUAUCCAUUUUGGCAAUUCAGCUACUUGUAGAGAUUAUAACUAAGUAGUCUGUGCGGGUUCAUAGACCGAAGACAGCUAUAUUUCAAAAAACAAAACACAACCAGCCAAAACAGAAGCAAAAAGACAACAAAAUCUAUGGGCCUUGAGUUUGCAGAGGCUUUGCUUAUGAAAAGCUAAGCAAAAUGCUUGCUGGUGCAAAGAAGAUCAGAGCAGCUUCCACUAUCUGCAAAACACGUCUUGCCCUCUUGACUAGAGAAAAUCUUUUUAUUUGCCGUGUUUCAUCUUCCGGUACUAUUUUUCUAUUUGGGGCUUGGGAGGGGGGAAUUUUAACACCAAGGGACUUGAUCAUUUUAUGCCAUAUGCCUUUACUGGCUUCUUGUGCAAUAAUAGUUUUGGGGAAUGGAGAGAGUUUAUUUUGAGCAUUCAAACCAGUUACAGCUGCCCAGUAAUAAUAAUAUUUUUUCAAAAACAAUAGUGCAAAGGUGGCUGGCUUGAUUUAGAAGGAAUACAACAAAAGCAAUUAUUUUUUUCCCCUUUUCUGAUUCUGGUUCCAGUGCCAUAAACCUUGUUACAUAUGUAUAUCAGAAUGUACAAAGAUCAAGAACAAGCAAAGUUUAUUUAAAAUAUUUUUUCGCACAAAAUACUGGUGUGUGUCUGUUCAUGUAAAGAAGUUUGAUUAUAAAAAUGAAAACUGUUUUGGAAA